UUUUUAUUCAAAACUCGAAAUAUUAUUAUUAAAAAAUUAUUAAUCGAAAAUUUGAUGAAAGAAGGUGAUUUAAUGCCUUAUAUAAAGGAACAUGUUAUGAAAGAGAAAAGAGUAAGAUAUUUGGCUAUUGAAUUUGAAUCUUAUAAUAUUAAAAUUGUGAAUUUUGAUGAUUUUUAUAUUCGAGCUUAUGAAUUUGUAAACGAAAU